AGCGGAAUAAAGCGUGUCACUGGCGGCUUGCCGUAGUGCUGUGACGUAGGCGGAAAAAGUUUUGUUUUGGGAAAACAAGCAUGGAAGCCGGUGAAGUGACGGGAAAGAAUAGCUCCUCAAAAUCCAAAAAGAAAGGUGGAAAGGGAGCCGAAGCGAUUUCAGCAGCCCAUGAGGCGAGAAGGAGGGAAGCCAUUAAAGAUGCGCUCAGACAGAAGCUGGAGUUGGAGCGCAGAGCCCUGCACGUGGUCGAGCGCUUGGUGGAAGAGGACAACGUGACAGAGCAGUUCCUCAUCGACUGUGCAUGGUACAUCACUUCUAUCAAUUACAAAGACACAGUGGAAGAGCGGUCCAUUGCCAAACUGUGUGGAUACCCUGUGUGUCCAAAUAAACUAACCAAUGUGCCCACUCAACAGUUUAAAAUAUCCACCAAAACUAAUAGAGUCUAUGAUAUUACAGAGCGCAAGUGCUUCUGUUGUAAUUUCUGCUACAAAGCCUCCAAAUGUUUUGAGUUCCAGAUAUCAAAAACUCCACUUUGGCUCAGAAAGGAGGAGAGGCCUCCUGAGGUUAAGCUGAUGAAAGAAGGAGACGGAGGCAGCUCAGGACAGGAGAUAAAGUUGGUAGACAAGCCUUUAAAAAAAGCCGACAUUGAGAAUCCCGUCGCAGACAUUCCUGAGUCUUACAAAGACUCUCCUCCCUUCAGCCAGAGUGACAACAGCGACAUUGAGCAAGACUUUGUCUCCAGUGUGGUGUCCAGACAGAGUAAACAAGCAAGGGUUCACUGGGGAAAGCUGCCAAAGAGGGAUGGAGCGAGUGAGGAUGAGUCCAGUGCUGAAAUUAAGCAAUAUGCACAUCCUGAACCUUCACAAAGUGAAAAUAUUGAUGAAAGUGGAUCUUCACAAACUCCUCAACCACAGAAAGACCCAACCGACUGUCUACCUAAACUGGAUAAAACCACAUCUGCAGAAUCUGAUAUUAAAGGCACUCUGGAGCUUUUGAAUCGGUGUAGUCUGAAGGACGCUGCAACCCAAGAGGAAACUAACCUCCCUUCACAGCCUGAGAUUGUAAACUCCCUCCCUGCCGCUGGUGCUCUGAACAUCACUCAGGUGGGCAUGAGUAAGAGAGGAGCUGCAGGCCUCAAAGGAUUGUUGAAGGAUCAUAACAGAGCUAAAACAACUCCUACAGCCGUCAAUCUGUGCCUUCUAGAGCGUCUACGACAAACCUUUACGGAGUGGAGAACUGAGGAAACUAUGAAGUUUCUUUAUGGGCCUGAAUAUGUUUCAGGAACAGAGGCUACAGCACAGGAGGCGGAGGAACUGGAUGAAGAUGACCUGGAUGAGGCUGAGGUGGAGCUGGGCUUGAGACCGGACAGUGGAAGUUCUUUCACACCCAGAGCUCCUGCUCCUGAUAUUGAGACACUGCGGAAAGAGACAGCGUCGCUGGGGCUGAGAGUGAGGGAGGUUUAUGAAGGAGUGUGUGUUCUGCCUGGAGAGCUUAAGACGGAUGCCAUCAAAGAGACUGAAGAUAUACAGGAAAGUGGGAAGGACAAGGACCCUCCUCUGCCUUUGGUUGAUUCUCAUGCACAGCACCUGAUUCAGAAACGUAUUGUUGUGGAGAAACUCAGCCGGAGCUUGAGAGAUGUUGUGGGACCCCUGUGUCUAACAAUAAGUGAUGUCAUCAAUAACAUAAAUAAUCUGGUCAGGACAUUCAGGUUUACAAACACAAAUAUCAUUCACAAAAGCCCAGAGUGGACUCUGAUCGCCGUGGUUCUUCUGUCUGUGUUAACAGAAGUGUCACCAUUGCUGAAAGAGUCACUGGCAAGUCUGUCUUCGUUGGAGUACAUCACCUCUCUCAUGAGCGAGCUGAAACUGGAGGACAAAGAUCUACACAACCUCGUGCUGCUCUUCAAACCCUGUGUUGCUCCAAUAACAAUGUACAGCACACACAUGUAGAAUUUAUAAUAAAAGCCUAAUA